UGAGUUCCGAAAUUGAAAUCAAUAAGCGAUGUGCAAUGUUGUGUGUACAUCACGGACGGUGGGAAAUGGCGAUUAUGUCAAAACAUCGUGUUAGAUCUCAUUGUGCUUGAUCGCGGAAUCAUUAUUCAUCAGCGAAAUGGCUCGCAAUAGCAAGAAGAAACUCGCGAUAUUCGCGGGUACAUCGAAGUGUCUAAUUUACGCAGAAGCAAAGUUUUGUGCCUCUGAUUUGCCUGGAGAUGUAAAAUAUUAUGAAUGUUCGAGAACAGAAUAUUGUUGUGCUUUUGGUUGUUGUGUGUCACCUGGACUCCAUUUCCAUCAUUUAUGGUACUAUUGGAUCCUGGUUAUAAUUAUGUUCCUCGUGUGUUCGGGUGGUGGGUGGUGGUAUCGAUACUGGUUGCAAGGCAGAUAUAGAGCAGCAGCUUCAGCUAUUCCGACACGAUCUUCCAAUACCAGAUCUCAACAUUCUCUUCGCAAUGCGUCUUGUCAAGCGCAGCAAGCUCGAAUUACAUACAAUUCAGCCAGAAAUACCGUCCUAUUGCAUCGUAUGUGGAAAGGUCCUCAAAGAAACACAGCAGCGCCAAUGUAUAAUAGUAAUGCAACCACUUCAACGCACUAUCAGAAUAUGAACGUAGUGUUGAACGAUACCAGUUGCCCUUACUAUCAAUUGUACGGUCCACCGCCUAGUUACGAGACAGUGAUAGCGCAGACACGCGGGAAAAUCUCCAAUCCAGCCUCACCGGAAUCUUCUGCGCGAUUGAAUCUCCAAACGGCGAACGUGAUACCAAAUCCGAGUGUGCCGCAAUGUUUCUUCUACACUUGCAAUUCUCCAGCCAGAUUGGUAGACUCGAAUCAAAGUGACAACGCGACUUCCCGCCAGCUCGACAAUCACGAGAGUGUUCCGUUCGCGCAUUUCUCGCAAUAUUGCGUACCGAAUGGCGCUAUAAGUCAAAACAUGUGCGUCCCUUUAGAGUACCCGGAGGAAUCGAUCGCCUCCGGAGGAAGCAACUUCAGCCACAGUUACAGUUUACAGAAUAGUCCGCAACGGCUGCCGGCUUAUCCCACGGACAGAUCGUCCGAUGCCUCGAAUGCGGAAAUUCAGAAUGGAUCCGAGGGAUGCGCGAUGCUCAAUGUCGAUACUGCGAUCAGCAGCUACAGAGAAUCGUGCCAGAGUCCGUGGCACGGAAAUAACGAUCAGUCUCUAUUAAAGGUCCACGGUAAGAUUGGCGAAAACCGUCUGUCUCGACAAAGAUGCGCGACAAUCGCGGAGAUGCGUAUUCCCUCGUCUAAAUCGGAGGAGAGCGAAAGCGAAAAUGAACUAAAGCGCAUAUGUCCCGUGAUGAUUGCGAGCCGAAGAAAUUUCCCGAGACAACGUACGGAUUACGGCGGUUCCCUGCGAUUACCUCGCAGUCAGACCGGAGAUGUCAUUUAUCAAGGCGACAGCCUCCAAAGAGUUUCCUCGAAAAAAGAUUCGUCCUUUAAUUCCAAUCGCACGGCAACUUCCGAGAACGCGCUUCGUAAUGCAAAUUCGCCGGGACAAGAGGCUGUCGCGGGCUCCUCUCAAUCAAAUCCAUCCAAUAAUGUGAUAUUAGAAUCUUUUAUUUUUGAAAAUGCGCAAUUGCCUCCGAGUGAAAAUGUCGAAGAGGCGCGUGGUCUUCGUACAAUGAAUCGGAGUACAAACUUUGAUCUUGAAAGUAAACACAAAUUAAACAGAUCAAAGUCGCUAGACUGAAUAUAAAUUGAAAUCCUUUAUCCUUGUAUUACGCGAUGCUUAUAUAUUCUUGUAUGUCUCUGUUAUUCGCGCGUAAUAUAGCAAUACAAAACAUGAAUAAUCGUUCGUUAUCACAUUAGAAUAAUCCUCAUCUGUUUCCGAAUAUCGCGAUUCAAAAACGGGAGGAUUCUAUUUUAUUAAAAAUAAUGCGAUAUACAUAUAUCUUCUUUAAUACGUACAUGUUUAAUGAGAUAUAUUUCAUUCAGCGAUAUUCCAUAUUUAUGUCGACUUCAUAUUAUCGUUUCGCGUUACUUCAUCGUGUCUUAAAUUGUCGAAUCUGGUGAUUAAAUCUCGUGAGAUGUAUAUAUAUAUAUCAUCCAUUAUUCUCUCGCGCAGAAUUAGCGAACAUAAUAUUAGACGUUAGACUUAAAUUGCACUUUCGCAGUAUUUUUUGCAAAUGAUAUAUCGCAAUUCCGAAGCUAAACUAUUUUUUGAUUACCUAUUAAUAUUAAAUAUUAUCUAAGUGUGAUAGGUGAUAGUGUGAUCUUACGUACGCCGACAAAGCAUCUUAUUUAUUCUGAUAUCUGCGACACAUACUGCCACGAGAAGAUCUUUUUCAACGUUGUAUUAGAUAUUGAUCUAAUUUUUAAUUCCUGCACUAUACUUAAAUGUAAUUUAAGAUUUCGGAACGGAUAAAAACGGUGUUUCAGAAACGUUGUAUUUCCACAGACAGCGGCCCAAUUUAAUCCACUUACGCACAAAAAAAAGGAAUAUCAAUCAUUGUGUUUCAUUUCUCUAUAUCGAUACGUAACGAUAUGUAAGCAAAUAAUUAUCGCACAUUUUUUUAAUCCUCGGAUGGAAACGCACUUGUGAACAAAAGUCUUUACAGAAGAGACUAAGGUCUUCAGAAAAAAAAAACAAAAAAGUAAUAAAAUUUAUUUUUUAAAUAUUAUAAUAUAAAUUUCGACGUAUUUUCUAACGAUAAUAUUGAUAUCGAACUUGACAAAUGCCGAAAUAGUCUCGUUCUUUGAGCUAUACUUCAAGUCGGUCAAGCCAGUCCUCUAUAUAAGCCUCUAUCACACACAUAUGUGCACAUUAAUAUUAUCUCGAUAUUAAAAAAAAAAAUGAGUAAAGUUAAUUACUACACAUUGCACACACGUAUUUAAAGGUAAGAUAUAGUUAUCCGAAAUAAUUAUAUAUAGUUUGUUCACGAUUAAAGCAGGGAUAUCCUGCUGUAAUAAAAAUGCGACCGCGUAAAGAUAUAUAAAAAGCGGAAGUCGUUCAAAAAAAAAUUGAACUUUAGGAAAGCACGAACGCGAGAAAAUAUAUACGGUGAAAAUAAUUUAUUCUAUUUAAUUCCACUUGAUAACACGCGAUUGUAAAUCGUGUUUGUAAAAGUAACGCGUUUCUAACAAGUGUUUAAAAUCUUCGCUCUCUUCUAUUUUUUUAUUCCGCAUACACAAUGUGCAAGAAAAAAGACUGUCCUCGUGCUGUGACAUGAACGACAUUUAAUUUAUAAUACUUUUAAUCAAUCAAUGGCAACAUUAAAUUGCAAUGGUCGAAUUAUAUCGUUUAGAUAAAUUGGAGUUAUAAGCCAUUUACGCGCUACACCUCUUCCAUUAUCUUUUGAUACAAACACACGUACAAGUACACAAUCAGUAUUUUUUAAGGUCGCAGAAUAUUACGUCGAAUGCGCUAAUCCUUCAAUUUAGAUUUCUUGAAUUAUAAUAGCGGUCCAAGAAACGCAUACGUGCCAAUAGCGACAAGUCCGUUAGAUAAGCAAGAGUAUAUUGGAUAAGCGAGACAUAGUCUCGUAGCCAAAGAAGUCUUGCUUUAAAAUGCAAAACAAAAUAAAAGAUAUAUAUAUAUAUAUAUAUAUAUACAAUUAUUUUUUGUAACCGAUCCUAAUUAAUAAAUGGGGGCUGUUUAAUGAGUCCGCGUGAUUAUACAGUACCAUAUAAGCUUGUACUAUUGUAUGUCGUGUGUGUAUACAUAUAUGUGCAUGUGUAUGUAUAUGUACACACGAUAAAUUACGAUAGAUUACGAAUCUAGAAGGAUUUCUAGUCAGGAGCAACUAUAUUUUGUGUGCGUGCGUAGUCUGCGCGUCAUAUUGUAUAGCUUUAAUGAGCUCUCUAGUUUGAACGAUCUUCUCACCAUAAUGUGCAAUCAUGUAUUCGCGCGGAAUCAAUGACAUUGUAUAAGAUGCUAUACUAUAAUGUGAAAGAAUGUCUGUCCGAAAUAAAGACACGAAAUAUUUAUUCACGUA